CUCAUUCUGAAUGGCCCCUCAGAGAUAUGGAAAUGGGUUUUACUGCAAAGCAUAUUAUAUUGAUAACAGUAUCAUAAAAAAAAAUAGGUUGUAUACGGCUGUCACGUUUCUAGCUCUGACAUCUUCCAGUCUGAUAGCUUUUCGACGAGGAUUUUCUUCAAAUCUUUAGCUAACGUGAAGAUAAUUUUCAUAAAGUAAAAUGACACGUGAUUGUGGUGGGAGUUGUAUGAAAUGUCUUCCCCCUUUCACUCGUGUUAAAAUUAUUGUGAUUAUUAUGUCAAUCGAUCACAGGACAAGUUAUGGAAACAACUUGGAGGACGGACUCAUUUAAUUCUGAUAGAAAGUCGCGUCUUAGGGAAAAUAGUGUUAGGAACAAUCGUUUGUGUAAACAACCACGUGAUUUUCGUUUCAGAAGAAACUAAAUUUUCACACGGCUUGUAAGAUUUCAACAACAGUAAUAAAAUGAAAUCAUAACGCUUGACGAACUAUUUGCCUUCCGUGAAUGCAACAAAUCAAAAUGAAAGGGUCAAGGUUUUUUACAUUCAACACUACCUUUAUAGCAGCCUUUGUCCAGGUUGCUAAACACAUACCAAGUAAAAUAUUAUAAAAGAAGCAGGGGAGGCACCGUGUCUAGUUGCCUUAGCAUUUCAGUUGCAUUUUUUUAAAGUUGCUGCUUUAUAUGCUUUAUAUGAAAUCCAAGGUUUAUUUUUCAGACAACGCCCAUGGUGACUUAAACAAAAUAUAGUUUUAGGUCUGAGUUGCGGUAGUUGAUGCUUGAAGACUAUAGUGUCACCCCCUCAUCAUACGAUGUCUAAUCCAGGCUCCCGCGUUACUCAGAGAUUUAAAAGAUUAAAUAAAACGGAGGUUGCGUUUAAGAGAUUUAAACAAGAGUAAAACGUUUUGUUUUAAUUCGGAACAGGGAAAUGAGAGAGGGAAAUCAAAAAGGGAGAUAAAAUGGGUGCCGGCAGGGAGGAAUAAAGGGAAGAAAGAAGGUAGAAGAGGGGAAGGAAGAGAGGGAAGAGGGAAGAGAAAGCUACUUAUUUUAGUCCAGUUUGGUGUGACGAAGUUUUUAAAGGAUAGCAAUUCGGGCGUGACCAUGAGCUUUGCUUUAAAAGGCAAUUUUCUCUUCUCCAAAUAAAUAUAGGCAAAAUGCGACCAGUGAAAAAAGCUCUGAGUAUAUGGAACAAAUAGAAUUCUUGGAGCACCUGUUGAAUCUUACAUACGACAAGCGGAUCAGACCGCAGUUCACUGAAGGAAAGCCAACCGUCGUGACUGUCGACAUAUUGCUCAGUUCUAUAACCGACAUCAAUGCGGCAGCCAUGGAAUUCGGCAUAAAUUUCUACUUGCGACAGAUGUGGAAAGAGCCCCGCCUAGCCCACCCGAACGCAACCAACGACAAGAUGCUGACUCUGUCUGAGUCUCAGCGGAACCAUAUCUGGGUACCCGACUUGUUCUUUUCAAACGAGAAGAAGUCUUCCUUUCACACCAUUACCUUACCCAACUUAAUGAUACGAAUAUCGCCGAAGGGGGACGUUCUUUACUCUCAGAGAUUGUCAGCAACACUAAAUUGCGAAUUCGAUCUGGUGAAGUUUCCGAUGGAUAAUCAAACAUGUCGGAUUAAGAUGGAGAGCUAUGCACACUCUACGACCGACUUGAUAUUCAAAUGGGUAGAUCGCGUACAAUAUGACGAAACCCUAGAUAACACUCUCCCAGAAUUUGAGUUGGACGGUAUUUCUACAGGGGACUGCACCGCAGUUUACUCGACAGGAUCGUUCACGUGCCUCUACAUGGACCUCCAUGUCACCAGAGAUUUACGCUACUAUAUCCUGAAUGUCUACUUGCCGAGUGUCAUCGUUGUCCUGUUGUCAUUUGUCAACUUCUGGAUAGAUGCCACAGCUGUUCCAGCAAGGACAACGGUUGGAAUCGUCACCAUCCUUACAGUGACAACCCAGAGCGUGACACUUCAAGACCGUCUACCAAAGGUGUCUUACAUCAAGGCAAUAGACGUGUGGCUCUCAGUUUGUCUGGUGUUCGUGGUGGGCUCUAUGUUAGAAUACGCAGUGGUCAAUGUGAUGCUUCAAAGGGAGCGAAGGCACAAAGAAAAGAUCGCACAUCAAAGUUUGAACCGUUUGAGCUCCAACGGUGACAUUUCAAAGGACACACAAAAAGAUCAGUCCAUCACUCCAGUGGAAUCUCAAUUUGAAAAGGAGGAACUCUCGGACAGAUUAUCCACAAUUCAAAGUGCCAAUUACGAACACAAACAAACGCCUUCAGAAAAAGUAGACUAUGUGUCCCGGAUCGCGUUUCCAGUGUUAUUCUUCUCUUUCAACAUUGUCUACUGGUUAGUUUACCUGACCAGCAUAUAAAACAUUUCAAAACUAUUUUCAUCAA